GUGCGCACAUGGAUUAUAAUAAUGUCAAACAUCGAGAGAAUGGAAAGAUGGCGGUCGAGCGGUAAUUUUGUGAUGCACGGGGUAUAGUCUAUGAAUGGUGUGUGUUACAUUCCCAAGAGAUUCAUCAAAAUCAUAAUAUUAUUGUGCAAUGUGACUACAUACUGAUCACGACCGCCCUGUGAAGCAGACCGUGACAAGAAAGGAAGGACAACGACGGAGACGAGUAGAAAAGUUAAGGAGAGUGAGAGAGCAGGAGAGUAGAAAAAGAAAACGGACCCAGUUUGCACGUAACGAGUGUAGAAGCGGUUCAUUGCUCUGCUCUGACUUGUCGCCAAGAUGGAUUGGGAUUCGAUCACGAUGGCGAGUCUUCAUCUGACGAUGACCGAGCAUCAAUAUUACGAAGAUAUUUUUAGUUAUUGCUGUGAAAAUACAGACAAUGACAGUGUACCGGUGAUCAAAGUUGCCGAACUACUACGCUCGGCAAAUUUACCAGCGGUUGUCACGAUGAAGAUAUUGGAUAUCUGUUUUGGGACUGAAGCAGCGCACAUUGGUACGCAUCUGGGGAAAAAACAAUUUUAUGUAUUGUUGAAGCUUGUAGCAGCUCAUCAAGCAGGACUCAGUAUUCGUAAAGAUAUAAUUACUAUGCCUUUGGAUGUUAUCACCUUACCAAGAUUUACUUGGCCAACAUCUGGAGAAGAAGAUGGUAGAAGGAGCUUAGAUUCAAACAGAGCUAUAACAGGUCACCGACAUGCUCCUGAGAGUACUACAGAAAGUGAAAGUGAAGCAGAAUCUCCGAGGGAAACUGGCGGUAGUACAGAUUCACCAACACCAACAAAUAGCAUAAUACAAGAAAGAAACAAUGACAUAGGUGGUGAAACGAUAUUAGAUUCUGUAUCUGGAGGUUGGCAAGGAUUAUUGGUAUCCGAAGAACAGAGGCAGUUAUUAGGAACCGAAGAAGAAAGUUCAGAGCGUCAUAGUAGUGACGAAGGAGAAGGAGAUGGCGAUGGCUCGUUCCCACCCGAAGAAGUAUGGAUAAUUAGUGAUGAACAACGUGAAUAUUAUGCUACUCAAUUUGCACAAUUACAACUUGAUCCUGAGGGACUUUUGCAUGGUUCUAUAGCCAGGACAUUUUUUGAAAAGUCUGGACUUCCUUUAGGAGAACUUAGUCGUAUUUGGCAACUUGCAGAUAUUACCAGAGAUGGAGCAUUGAGUUUACAAGAAUUUUUUGUGGCUAUGCAUCUUGUUGUGUUACGAAGAAAUCAUGUGCCUCUACCUGAUGUCUUACCUCCACCAUUAUUAAUUCCUUUGCUUAAACAAAAGACUGGUCCACCACCUAUUCCAUCAACUACAACUACAACUACUCAAAAAAGUUCACCUAAUACAACUGGUACUCGUGAAAGAAAUAAAGAAUGGACAAAAUUUGUUGAUUCACCAACUGGGACUAGCAGUUCUUUGACUAGUCCAGGCUUACAAUUAGUGAAUUUUGAUUUUCAAAAGUCUGCUGUUGAAAAAGAUCCUAAAAUUUUGCAUCCUGUACCAUUACGUUUAACGCCUGAAGCAGCAAUUCUUGCUUCUGGAGCAAACGGUAACAGUAGCAGCUGCACUACGUUGGGUGAUGAUGAUCUCCAACGUUCUGCAAGUGCAUUGGUGCAACGACCUCUUAUUAAAAAACCACCUCCACCUCCUGAAGAAGCUAUUAUAGUAACUCCAAAGAAGGAACCACCACCUCCACCACCACCCAGACCAUAUAGAACACAUGCAAGAAGUUCUAGUCUUGAUCUUAAUAAAUUAGACUUCACCUCGAAAAUUGGUCGGUCAAAAAAGUGAGGGAGAGGGACAAAAAACCUUAAAUGAAAGUCAAGGUUUUGUUGCUGAUUUUUCUCACUUUUCUCCAAAGAGCGAACUACCUGAAAAUUCAUCUUUGGAAACUCCGCAAUCACAACAAUUUACUGGUGUCUGUGGUGCAUUUCAUAUUUAUAGAAAACCCAGUCCAAAGCGAGAAGGAGAUGAAGAUGCUCCUAAGGAUGAAUUGGAAGAAUCAAAAAAAUUAACAUUACAAGAAUUACGAGAGAAAAACGCUGAAUUGCGAUUAGUUUGUGAAGAAUUGACACGAGAAUUAGCUAGCGCACUUCAGGAACGUAUAAAUCUUCGUGCAAAACUCUUACUUUUAACAUGAUGUAAUCUGUUAUCAUCUGUAAAGACUCCAAACUAUGAAUUAUUGAUUUUUCCUAAAUUUGUUGUAAAAUCGAAUAUCUCAUGUGUCAUGCUAGUCUAGAGUAUUUCCUUUUGCAAAGUUUCGUAUAUUCAUAACGGUAGCGUAACCAAAAAAUAACAUUACAGAACAGAUAUUAAUAAAAAUUAUCCACUUAACUAUUCAACUAUUUCUACUGUCAAUUAUUGCUUAAAAUAUUAUUUAGAUUUUAAAUGUCCCUUUAUACAUUUUUCAUGCUAUAAUAAUGUGUAGUUCGCUGAUACUUAUAAAUAUUUAAAUUAUGUUUUAUUAAAAAGAAAUAGAUGUUUCUGAUUAGCAAGAAUGAAAAAAUAUCAACGAAUAUCAAAAUUCUUUGUGGUUACGCUAUGAUUCACAUUUUAUCCUUUUUCACAGAUAAUUCCAGUGUGCAUUAUUAGAAGCGUGGAUACAAAUAUUGUAGCAACAUCUGCCACUCUAGUAUUCAAAUGUUAUAGCAUUUUAACGUUCAAAUAAUUUUAAAAACUUAUAUUUUUUAUGCAUAGUACUGUGCUAAAUUGCUGAGAAAUAGUUCUUUAUAUAUUACAGAGUUUUUAAAGUUGAAUAAUCGCAUCAAGCGGAAUGAAAACUUGAUGGUUACUGUAUACUACAAAACUAUUAAAAAAAGAAAAAAAAACAUAAAA